UCUUGACUUUUCCCCUUUCAUCACUGCAACGAAACUCGGAGGCAACUAUUUGAAUUGCUCAUAUAGUUCUGCAGUUCAGCAGUUACAUUCGAAUAUAUUUUUAACGGAAUACCGUACGGUAGAAGACCGGUAGUCAAAAAACACAUUGAUGAUGAAGAAUGAUUACGAAACAGGCUUACAGCGUGGAAGAGGAUCUCGACACAAUAUGAGUCGAAUAAGAUGGGUUUUGCUAGCACUUGUUGUUUUUAACAUAUUUCUUCUUUAUAAAUUAUGGACCCAGAAUGUUGAAAUAUCUGCAAUUGAGACAAAAAAUAGUGAAAUGCAUGAACAUAUUGAAGAUACCAAUAGAAAAAAAUUAAAAGCGGAAAAGAUAACCACGGAAAUUCAAAUGGAAAAAAAUGAAUGUGAUACGAAAUUGGCAGAAGAAAAAGGUUUAUCAGCCAAAUAUAAGAAUGAGAAGGAAUCACAGGAAAGGGUUCUUGAUUCAUCGCGAUCGGAUUUAAAAGAAUUAACUGCAAGUUAUGAGCGACUUAAAAAAGAGAAGGAAACUGUGGACUCAGAACAUGAACGUUGCCUUGCUGAACUUGAGAGUACUAAAGAAAUUGUUGAGCAAUUGCAAGCCAAGAUACAAAAGUUAGAGCAAAGUCCUAUUGGUCAAACAACUCCGAAUGAUGAAAACAAGCCAGUUGUCAAAGAUAUAGGUACGGAAAAUGAAUCUGAAAAUAAGGAUCAGCCACCCGCAGAUGACAGUGAAGAAAUCCAUGAUGCGGAUGCACCAGGUUCAGUCGCCUUGGUGCAAUGCGGAUUUGAAGAAAAUCCAGAAGCAGAAAGUCCGCUCUGUAAAUAUCACGAUGAUUUGAGUAGCACAGGAAAAUGGAAAAUCGGAAAUUCUGACAUCAUAAACUCUCAUUUAGGAGACAACAGUAAAGCUGAAGCUUCUUAUCUGUUUAUUGAUGAUACUACACUGGCAUCAAAUAUUCCUGCUGGAAUAAUAUUGGAUUCAUUUCAAUCAAACCAAUGUGCGAAAUUGACAUUGACAACAUUUUCUGUGGAAUCAGGUGGCAUUAAAAUUGAAAAUAACGGUGAAAUUUUUGAAUUACCUGGACUACUUGAAGGUGAUGCUGAGAAAAAUUGGAGAAAGGAUACAUUUCAUUUUAAGAAGAGUGGUGAAGCACAAUAUAAUAUUAAAAUAACAGGAAGGAUGGUAUCUAAAGGAGCGUUUGCUAUUGCCAAUCUUACAGUAAUAGAAGAGAAAUGUAAAGAGGAAAAAACUGAAAACACAGAAGAAGAUGAAGAAAUUACUGAUGAGGAAAGGAAAGAUAUUAGUGAAAUUGUGAAAUAAAUCCUUUUUUUUUAUUGUUUUUAUCAUUAUACUUUGGUUUUUUUAACAACCAUUAAUAAUAUAAUCUUUUCUGAUAUGAAGUUUUCAAACUAUGCUAGAUUUUUAUAGCACAAAAUAUGAAGCUGAAGAUAAUCAUGUCAUGUGAGUGGCAUCAAUGAUCUCACUUUUAUUUUACUCAUUUUAUUUAAAAAAUAAUAGAGACCUGGGGUGUAUUCUCAGUUCUAAAUUUUUUUCAAUUAUGCAUUAUAAUUACACAUCAAUGUCGAUGUCAUGGUAAUUGUCAAAAUUCUGUAUUGCAAUUAAUUAAAAUUUCAAAAAUUCUGAAUUGAGCUGUUUUGGCCGCUCUAUGGCAAAUUUCGUUGCUCCAGAAGUGUGUUUAUCAAUAUUGAAGUAACUAAUUUUGUUCACCUAAUUUACAUCAAGUUGUGUAAAGGGACUGAAACCUAUGGGCAGGGGGAUAUUCAAUUGGCUAACACAAACAGUCCCCGAACUCGUAAUGGAACGAAAAUAAGGAAAAAUCAGAAUAAAAUUAUGGCCUAACCCUAACCUGGUACACACACUACGAGAGUACCAAAAUAUCUGCUAUUAAUCUGUCCUUAAUGCUGACGACCUUGUUUCCAUCAAUUAUAUUUUUGGCGGCUCUUCAACUCUUCAACAUAAAAUCAAUUUUAUUUAAAAGUUAUGUACUACUGUAUUCCUUUUUUUCAUGGGCAAUAUUACGGAUCAUUGCGGUACAUUCACACACCAAAGAGCUUGUUCUUUCAAAAUGGUAAUUUGUCACCUUAUGUUUAUAUAAAUGUCAGGAAAUAUAGUUCCAAAUUUAAAUAUUUUCACUGAUAUAUAUCACAGUCCAUCGAUUUUGAUUAAAUAAAAUUGGAGGAAUUAGGUGGCAUUAUACAUAAUUUUCCCCAAAGAUCUGAAAUAAUGUUUUCUCUAUUUUAUUUGUCUUUUGUAUAUUGUUAUUUGUCCUUGUUACUGCUCACCACUCAAUUUAGUAAUAUGCCCUUUCUUCUAAGUUUUUUUGUCUCAUUAAUUAGCUGUAUAUCUAAUAUCUACAUAAUUUAUGUUGUAGCAAUGUUUGGGAAGUCAGGAAAAAAUAUCUUGGUGUCAAAUACAAUAAAAAAAAUCUUGUUAUUGUCAUAAUGUCAAAUUUAUGAAAAAUAGGAGGUGUGCGUAUUUGUGACAGUUUUUCCUAAACAUGGUGAAUCAAUAUAGUACUGAAACUGUUGUCGUAUUAUUAAAAUCGGUUAGUUAUUAUGUGUGUUUUUUUUCAAAUAUUAUACAAUAGGAAUCAAAAGAUUCAGUGAAAACAAAAUCCGGUUUCUUGUUCAUUAAUAGAAUCUAUUUGUUUGUGGAAAAUUACUAGUUAAUUUGUAGAAGCACAUAUCAAGAUUCUUCUGCAUAAUAUUUAAAUAUUAAUUAAGAGAUUAAAAAACUAAAACAAAUCAUUUUGACAUCUUUGACCAAAAUUCAUACCAAUUUGUCUUUGGUAUUGUUUGGGUUUCACCUUUAAUAGUGCGAAUAAUACCAUUAGUUAUCACGCCACCCCUUUUUCAAUUCUACAUUUACACAUUCAGUUUCGUGUUUUUUUGUUCACAUUGCACAAAACAAUAGUUACAUUUCGUGGUGAAAAUUAUGGUAAAGCAACUUUGCUUUGGUUAUUUGUUUCCACUGACGAUAUAUUUUGUCGUCUAGAUAUCUUUUUAAUUUCUUAUUUAGUGGAUAAAUGUAAUGAUGACCACAAUCGUAAUGGGCUUGUUUCUUCUAAACUAUUAAGUACAUAACUAACAUUCAAUCAUGUAUUUCACCAAAACAAUAAUAGAAAAAGAUUUUUCAUUCCAUUGCUCUGAAUCUAGAACCUGCGUACAUAUUGACAGUUUGCCAUCUAGUAAUGUAACACUAACUUAGCAUUGAAUACCUCAAUAAUUAUUUCAAUCUGUCAUUGUCCGAAAGAGUCUUGCUUGCUAGACUUAAAAUGCUUCAUCUUCCAGCAACAUUCAAGUGAUCUGCUAGAACUACUAACGACAUCAGAAACUCAGAAUAGAUUUCUAGAAUGCAACUUGGUAGCAUCCUAUGUAUAUUCAAACAUUUAUUUUUUUUAGACAUUAAGUUUCACAUUUGGAGAAUAGCUUACACAGAUUUGAUGAGCUUUUAAUUUCACUUAAGUGUUGUAUCAUGUUAUUGACUAACAUUCCCAAAGCGAAACAAUGCAAAUAGGUUAAUGCUGUAAAAAUUACAAAAAUGCUUUGUAGAAAAGUGAUUUUUAUUUUGAAAGUAUAUCAUAAUGCAUUCCAUUAAUGUUGUCUUAAUAAUAUUGGAAAUGUGUUUAUUUUAUUAAAAACGUUCAACAAAAAUACCUUUUAUUUUUGGGUUAGUAAUUGAAAUGCAAAUAAAUUGUUAUAAAACUGCUUCAGUCUUCAACUUGUGUUAUGCAAAAGUUCCAAGUCAUAACCAAAUUUGCUGUGUCAUUAUUUACACUUUUUAUUUUUAUGAGCAACUUCUUUGGACAGGCAAUGAAGUGAUUCUUUUUUGAAGCUUGAUGCAAGUUUGAGUAUUUCUAUUUUCCUCUUUUUCGUCAUAAUGCAAAUUUUGUGUCUUAAUACGGUGGAUAAUAGGAUUGUAAUUUGUCAUAUUGUUAAUGUACGGAAAUCCUAAUAUUUAUCAUGGUUUAAUAAUAAACAAACAAUGACCACUCAGCUAUCUGUUUUGUGGGUAACUUUUUGAGAACAAUUUUUACGACAAAUUUUGUUUUCCAUUGCGUCCUAAGUGUAAAUUAUCAAUAUUAUGGAUGCUGCUGACAGCCUCAAAUGAUAGAUGAUUUAUUGUGUCAUUACUAUGUACGUAAUGUCGAAAAUUACUGUGGGGUAUUUUGUUAUUGGGAUUUGUUGGUGUGGCAUAUAUUUGUAUCUUUACACACAAACUCCAGGCUUUGUCUUAACAAUUUGUUCUUUUAUUAUAGCUUUUCAAACAAGUAGUCAGUGGAUUGCUUUGUUAAACACUUUAUUACAAGGUUUUUCAAGUGUCGACCCAUGAUCUAGUUUUCACUUGUUUCCAGGUUGCCUUAGAUAGAAUCUUUUGGCAUUUCCACCAGCUUGCGAUGGAAUAUUUUCAAGAUUUAGUAUAUCAUUGUGAUAAUAUUAAUCUUUCUAUUCAUCAAAUUGUCCAUUACUAUAAUUUGCACUCUUAUUUUAAAUAUAACAUAAUCCAUUGAAAAUAAAUGUGUAAAUUAUUA